CCAAAUUUGAGUUAAUGGAGGCGCUAAAGAUUAUUUUUCUCAGUUUCAAUAGGCUCGCUGUUGUCGUCGCUAUCCAUUGACAAACGAUGUCUAUAGUCUUAAUUCCCCAAAGGUAUACAUAUAGGGGGAAGCCGUCCCCCGAACAUCAGCAACAUUGGAAGCUAUGUUUAUCUCUCUCCUUUUCUUCGGUAUGGCUGUCAAAUUGCCUAGUCGACCUGGGACAGCAAGAGAAAUACUACCUUCCACGGACCAUUCUCAUGGCGUAGAGACGGAGGGAGAGAGGGGAAGGGGGGCGGGCGAAGUUGGGAACGAGAUAGAGAAUAUAGAGGAAGAAGGGGAGGAGGAGGAAGAGGAGGAAGAGGAGGAGGAGGAGGAGGAGGAGGAAGAGGAGGAGGAGGAGGAGGAGGAGGAGGAGGAAGACGAGGAAGAGGAGGAGAUGAGCAGUACCAGCGACUACCACUCUGAAUUUGAAGAUGGCUUAUUUUGUCUCACACCAAGUGUCACUGAUUAUCUGUAA